UUGAUAUUAUAACAAAAUUUUCAUUUUAUACGAAUAUUUCAUUCAAUUUGAUAUUAUUCUAUCUCAACUUUGAUUACGAUUGCUCAAAAUAUCUUAUCCAUAACCUAAUUUUUUCUGGUUUAUCAAGAAAAUUGUGUAGAUACCUGCACUCUCAGAGGUUGACUUAAAAGUAGAGACUAUAGAGGGGGAAAAUGGGAGGAGGAGCCAUGUUGCCACUCUUUACAAGUACAAACUCCAACAAUUGUUUCACUACCCUACCCCUACCCACCCACAGGGACUCCAAUAUCCACCCUCCCCCUUCUUUGUCAUCAAUUUGUGAAACACCCUUUGGAGAAUCUUGGAAUAAGAAUAGGUGUAUUGAAUAUGGUUCAAACUCUAAGAUUCUUGAUAGUGGAUCUUUUGAUGAGUUUGUUGAAAAAGGGUCUCCUUAUUAUGAGACUGUUUUUGGUUCUGUUCCUUCUAGGUGGGAGGUUGAGAAGGCCAUGUCUGAUCUCCAAAGUUUCAAUUAUGCUCCAAAAGAAGAGAUGAAUUGGGCUGAACCGAUGCUGGUGAAAUCACCUGGAAAUGCAAGAUUUUAUGAUGCUCUUUAUAUGCUUCAAAAUGAACCAUCAAUUCAGAGAUUGGUUUGUUCCAUAGCUUGUGAUAGAGCUGUUUGGGAAGCCAUGAUGAGCAACAAGGCAGUUCAAAAUCUUCAAGGCUCAGUCAUAUCUGCAGCUAAAGUAGAAGAAUCACAAAGCUCAACUGGGGAUAUCGGAUCCCUCAUAGUGAAAUGGAUUAUGGGCAUCACAACUUCCAGAAUCGCGGAGCUGCUCCAAUCAUUUGGAUCAUUAUUAAGUGAAAUAAUCCAUGAUAUAUUUGAACCAGACAAUAAAGAAAAACCCACAUCAGAACUCUCUGACCUCAUGGAAGAGAAGAUUAGAUCCUCUUUCCUUUUAUCAGUUGUUUUGUUGUUGAUUGUGGUCGUCACAAGAACCCAAGGAGCUUGAUGACGAUCCAUUUGCUACAUACUUGACAUCAGAAAAAAAAAACAAAGCUUUUUGUGAAUAGUUUUCAGAUGUUGUUGACUUGUGUAGUUGCUUA